UUUCAUACCAUGACCAUUCACAAUCAAACUAACUCACUGAGCUCAUUCAAUAUCAGAAUUCAGAAACAGAAGAACAUAACAACAGAAACCAAGAUGUCUGUGGUCAUCACCAAUGAGAUCAGAGCCAAAUCAGAGAUCUACCAUGGAGACCUUCUCUGCCAAGAGAAAUCCAAGGAACUGCUGAAGGAAAUAGCCCUCCCCAAUGGCCUUCUUCCAUUGAAAGACAUAGAGGAAUGCGGUUACCACCGUGAAAGCGGUUUCGUGUGGCUGAAGCAGAAGAAAAGCAACACUCACAAGUUUGAGAAGAUUGGCAAGCUGGUUUCUUAUGCUACUGAGGUCACUGCCUAUGUUGAGGUUGGGAAGAUCAAGAAGCUCACCGGUGUGAAGACCAAGGAGCUUUUGGUUUGGAUCACACUCAAUGACAUCUAUGUGGAUAAUCCUCCUACCGGAAAGAUCACAUUUCAGACUCCUGCUGGGCUUUACAGGACAUUUCCGGUCUCCGCUUUCGAGAUUAAAGAGGAGAAGCCGGUUACCGGGGUGGUUAAGGAGGAAGAAAAUAAACAUGUGAAGGAAGCUGUUGGUGCUGCUGCUGGUGCUGUUCAAGUUAAAGAGGUCUGAAAUAUGAAUCAUGAGUAUUAAUCUAAUAAGUGAAGUUGUUAUUAUUUCCAUUCCUUGCUCUACUGCUAGCUAGCUAUAUCUUUUUCUUAUUUUUCUUCGGAAUCAAUUCUGACACUAAGAAGGUACUGACAAGUGCUGAAGCUUCUGCUUAGAAUUGAUUCUGGCUUUACAAGUAAUUGAAGAAUGAUUUCCAUUUUAUGUA